CCGGUGCCGCCGCCGCCCCCCGAGCCCCGGCAUGGCGCGGCCCGCCGUGCCCAGCUCGCAGAAGGCGCUGCUGCUGGAGCUGAAGGGGCUGCAGGAGGAGCCCGUGGAAGGCUUCCGCGUCGGGCUGGUGGACGAAGGGGACCUGUACACCUGGGACGUGGCCAUCUUCGGCCCCCCGGACACCCACUACGAGGGCGGGUACUUCAAGGCUCGUCUCCGCUUUCCCAUCGACUACCCCUACUCUCCUCCUGCCUUCAGGUUCCUCACCAAAAUGUGGCACCCCAAUAUCUACGAGACAGGUGAUGUCUGCAUCUCCAUCCUGCACCCGCCCGUGGAUGACCCUCAGAGCGGGGAGCUGCCGUCGGAGCGCUGGAACCCCACCCAGAACGUGCGAACCAUUCUGCUGAGUGUGAUCUCGCUGCUGAAUGAGCCCAACACGUUUUCCCCGGCCAACGUGGACGCCUCCGUGAUGUACCGCAAGUGGAAGGAGAGCAAAGGGAAGGACCGGGAGUACACAGACAUCAUCAGAAAGCAAGUGCUGGGCACCAAGGUGGACGCUGAGCGGGAUGGAGUGAAGGUCCCCACCACGCUGGCUGAGUACUGUGUGAAGACCAAGACUCCAGCCCCAGAUGAGGGCUCAGACCUCUUUUAUGAUGACUAUUAUGAGGAUGAUGAGAUGGAGGAGGAAGCAGAGAGCUGUUACGGUGAUGAGGAUGACUCCGGCAAUGAGGAAUCUUGAUGGCCCUCUGGCAUUGCAAAACUUCGUAUAAACUACUGGAUUUUACCUCAACUAGAACAAACUGGUUUGAAUUUAGGAUCUGUCAGCCCUGAAAUUAACUCUCUACCUCGCAGGGAGACUAUUCUGCUGUUGCAAAAGGAAAUCCCAUUGCUGUCUUUGUAGGAAAAGAUAAACCCCCUAUUUUAUAAACUUCCUGGGGGAUGGGUGGAGAGGGGGCAUUCACAAAGCCACAGAAACUGAGGUGCUGGUGGCUCUGCCUGGCUGAGGAGUGACAACCAGCCUGGUGUUGGCUGCCCCUCAUUUGUGUUCAGCUUCUCUUCAGCCUCAUAGGGUAGGAGCAGUUUGGGGUGCUUGUGGGGGUAGUGAGUGGUUGCUUUAGUGGGGGGCAGCAUGUGAGUGCUGUCUUGGCUUUCAAGACCUUUUAGGGUUCACCCUGCAGCCAUCUGGGUUGUCCCCACGUGAUCCUUUUGCCUUCCCUGCCCAUGAUGCUGGAGCUGUGUUCACAGGGAGAGGGGCACCAGGGAGGACUUGCCCAGCAGCCACCAGCACUGGGCAUGUGGGGAUAGUGUGUUUGUGGUUUUUAACUAGCUGGGAGGGAUGGGGUCAUGCUGAGUAUUUCUGCUUCUGGUUUUUUUUUGGACACUAUUUAAUAAAGUUCUUCCAGGGAA